AUGGCGGCCCAGCUGGUUGAAUUUUUCAUUGCCGGAAAUCUAAAUAGUGAGGAAAUUUUAAAAUUUGUUUCAAGUAAUGACUGCAGUGCAAUAUGUGAUCAGCUUCAGAUUCCAUCUGUAAACUCAACAGAAUUCAUCUAUGAACUCUUAAUGUAUCUUCGUGAGCAGUGCAGCAAUGUAUUUGAACAUGCACCAAGGAGCUAUACGGUUCUGAGCCCACGCAAAAAUCGUCGAUUAACAUCAUCGAAACCCAACAGUGACAGACCCUCUGAUAAAGGUACACCUGAAAGGAUUAAUUGUAGUAACUCGGACUGCCCUCGUCAACUAUGUAAUCCUUUGGAAAUUAGGAAUAGUUCUCAAUAUGAUGGAUCGAGAAAUAGCACAUACCGAGAUCAAACGGACUUUUCUGCCUCGUCGCUUGCAGCACAUUGUGGGUCACCGGCAGCUUUAUCUUUCAGUACGGAGGAAUUUCCGUCGCUUAGUGAUUCUUCAACUCCAAUCAAGGGUGGCGGAAAAACUCCCAAAAGAGAGAAGUUACUACAUUCAACUCCAAUUCGAUCGCCAGGAAACCUUGACGUAGAUACUUCUCCCUUAGCAUCUGAAGGUAUCUUCAGUCGCUCGCUUCCGAAAAGCAGUAGGGCUGAUCGAGCUAAGCAGACUUCUUUGACCCCACAGACAGCGCAGUCGCAUGUCAAGGAUGCAACACAUGAGCAGUCGGUCUCGCCGAAAAAAAGAAUUACUCCGACGCCUGUCAGCGUAUGGCAAAAGCCACCAGUCCUUAUUGCUGAUUUCGUGAAUACGCCAGAGAUGAGCCGUAGCCCUCAAGAAGCGACGCAGAGGCAAAAGAAGAUUGCUCGAACCAUGAAACAAGACAACGCUUCAAUAGUACCCACAUCGAGUGACGAAAUGAUUGAUUCGCCCGAGAUGGAACUUGUGUGUCGACAGGAAACUCUUGAUCGUCUCGCGCACCUUUACGCCAAUUGUCUGACGCGCAACUUUGUACCAAACCUUUUAGUCGAAAUACAUUUCGUUCUACAAUUGCUCGUCGUCAAAAUAAAGCGCAUGAACUCGCAGAGCAGCCUACUGCUCGGUACUAUCAGCAAUUGUGGCUAUUUUGCGGUCCAAGUAUUACGCUAUAGUGAUUCUCUCUUAGCAAUUCUUGGGCGUGACAUGCUUAAGCUUCUGAGGGAUCUUCCGCAUGUGCAAAGGAUGAACCUGGAAUUGCAUAAUCGGUUGGCGGAACUGUACAGUCAAGAAAGGAGUUUCUCGACUUUUCGGAGUAGUUUUAUUCAAGGAGUAUCGUUCGAUACGUCUAUCGAUAACGCGGAUAAUUUUCCGACACAGCAGCAGUUUGGAGCCUUUCGCCGCCAAAGAGAUGCAUUCUGCCAAUUACUGAAAGACUGGCAAGAGGCGACCUUUGGAUACGAUAAUCAUGAGCUGCGUUUUGGUAGUAGAGUCCGCAAUAUUUUCGAGCUAUGUAUGGACUCGUGCAAUUUAUUGCAUCUUGCGCAGCUUUUGACGCGCCACUUAGUUGCCACAUGCUGUGGAAGUCUCGAAACUGACGAAUCAGGGACUACAUCCGAAAAGGUCAUUCAAGAUCUCCGCAACUUAAAUCCCGAUAAGCUGUCGAAGCUAAGAGGUCGGCUUAAGAAGCCUGUCUCCACUUCGCUGUCGACGCGAUACCAGUUUAAUGGGCACCAAGCAUUUUUUCAUAGCUUUAUUCUUGAAGCAAAUUACGCGCAAUUUUAUGUUCAUCUUAAGAGUGUUCUUGUGAAUCAUAUAUUCAACGAAGACAGACAGGAUAUGACCCCUGGUGAUACUGAGACUAGCAUUGACAGCCAAGUUCGUGAAGAACUUUGCACGCAUCUAUACAGACUAAGGCUAUACGGAGCGUUUCUUGGGCUUGUCGAAUUCUUGCCUUACUCGACUGGCGAAUUUGCGAUUCCUCAACUAGAAGAACAUCAGCGUACACUUCGUGAAAAGAUGCCCCCACUUGUGGAUCUUGCCGAGUGCCUGCGUUCAUCUGUACGAGAGAAGCGACUCCUUUUAACAAUGUCCUGGGCUAGCGCGUAUCUUGCAUUGGCUGAUCCGGGUAUUAGCAAACUCUCGACUUACCAGGAGACCUGGAAGAUACUGUCCGCUUUGUUUCGGUCAUGUAAAUCAUCAGAUUUGUGCUCUGUCUUGUUUCGCAUGAUGAUCGGUUGGGUCUAUCACAACCUGGACAUGCCAAUAAUAUUCUCUGGACCCACAAUAGACAUUUCACUUAAGCCCGGCGUUGAAGAACUUAUUGAUGUACAUUUGCUGCAAAUGACGUUUCCGUUUUUGAAUAACUUAAAAUCCAUAGUCAUAGAUUACUAUUGCCUAAAUCCGAAUGAGGUUCGUUUAAAAAAAAUCGCCCCUGUACCGGUCGGUUGCGAGUCACGGCACGAACUUAAUCUAGAAGCCAAACUGGAAGAAACAUUCUUUUUCAUACAUCCUCCUUCGGUCAAAAGAAACGUGGCUCAUGUUGCCAAGGAGAUCCCUGAAAACGUGGUCAAGUCUAAAAAGCUCGAGCUAGAACUCCAGUUUCGUGAGGACGUAAAAGCUUCUCUGAAACAAGUACGGGCCAGCGGAAAAACGGUUAUAUCAGAGAUGAUGCGAACCCUCGCUCAAAAUAUGUGUGCCAGAUUGCAGUUAAAGGCAGAAAACAUUCUUCUUCCGGCGUGUGAUUUGCAUAUGGGUCGUGCUCUCAGUGAGCUUUUGUCCGUCGACUGUAGCCCAGACGCAGUGCUUGUAGCAAAGAAGAUUUGUGCUAAACAGUGUCACAUGCAAAUACAAAACUGGAUCCGAUCUCGUAUCUCGAAGGAGUACCUACACAGUCUAAUUAAGGAAUGUAAUAAGGAUGCUAUUGAUGAAGUUGAUAUAAUGGAUGAGGCUGCGCUUGAACAAAAAUCGGUGGAAAUGCACGAAGCUACCAAUUCAGUAGGUUACGUUAUCGACUCGCUGGAACAUCUAAUAAGGGUAACACUUAAAAGCCGUUUACCACCGUGGAAGACGACGGUUGAAAGUGCCCGCCAGGCUUUAUUGCAUCGUCGUGAAUGGACUCAAGCGUCAUUGAGUGCUACUAAAAGUCUUCUCGUUGACUUGGGGAUGAUAUCGAUUAUGAGAGUCGGAACAAUGGAGGUUGCUUGCGCUGUUAUUAAGAUACUGAAAGAGGUUGGUUUGCAUGAAGAGUACGAAGUUGAUUCAGCCAGAAACCGAUAUAUUUUUGAACAUUUUGCCGAUGGAGACAGCGAAUCGUCAAAAGCUUUGCUAAGUGAAUAUCAGUUGAUGAUUGACAAUAUAAAUGCGUAAUCGGUGAUUUAGAUGCUUUAGAAAGAGUUGUUGUUUGUGUGUGUAUAUGUAUAUAUACACAUAUAUAUAUAUAAGGCUUGGUAAAAAUCUAUAUUCUAAACGUACCGUUGAAUAGUGCUUUUAGUUAGCUCUUCGCGUAGUGUUAAAAAUCAAAAACUAUUUAUAAAAAAACUUACACUUUCAUACUUUAUUACCCAUUAUUGUUUGAUAUAAUUAUUAUUGAGAACCCUGAUAUUACUAGAUGCGCUCAACGUAAUUAAAGAGCUUAGUAACACAGUCUUAUCCCAUUUUGACUGUAAAAAUAAAGAAAGCAUGUAACACAAUAUCGUGUUAUACUGGUUCAUUUAGUGAUUAUGCAAUGCACAA